CAAUGUCCUCCGUUUCCCUUCAGACGCGUCAGCUUUGGUUCUGUUGGAAUAUUGCUGAUGAGAGAGUCGCUCGAAUGUCGAGCCCAUACCACCGCUGGAUUGACGAGACCUAGUCACCAUGGCCAGCUUGGCCAAACCGCAACAGGGCCACUCGAGAGUCGAGGAGAAGCGCACAACGCGCGACGGCCCCAAACCACGCAGGACGUUGCUCUCCGUUUCCCAACAGCGACGAUCUUCCGGGUACCCAGCAUCAUGGACGUCUUUGCCAUUGGUCCUUGCUCGAAGAGACUCCUCCCAGACAUUGCUGGAUUCGGAGGAGGAGCCCGAACUGGUUCUUUCAAAGUCUAUCCAAAUCGGCCCGGAAGUGUUGUCGGUGAGCCGGUUCUACACCAACUAUGCCGCGCAGGCCAGCAUCUUGAUAUUCAGUCGAUUGCCCGAGUACUACGACGUUGACCUAUCCGAUGCCAGCCAUGCACGACACGCCACACACGCUGUGGCCUUGGCGAGUGCUUCUCGGUCACUUCGUCAGUCGGGGCUCAUGGUUGGAGCCCGGCGACAUUACGGCAAAGCCAUUUCGACUCUGAACCAGGCCCUUCAAGAUCCAGUUGCAGUGCGAGACGAUGCUAACCUGGUCACGUUAUUCUUGUUUGGCAUGUUCGAGGUUAUCAACGGCAAGCGAGGCACAAGCACGAUCGACUUGCAGGAGAAUGUAUUCCCUCACGGUGUCGGAGGCUUGCAGCUGUUCAAGUUUCGCGCAGAUCAUGGCUUGACCAACGAAGUCGACAAAGCCUGCUUCACCUUCUUCUGUCAUGCAGCGUUGAUGGAGAUGUUUAUACAGCGAGACCACUUGACGCCUCUAUGGUCAAUGCUGGAAGAAGUAGAAACUCCGUGGGGUAGGGGCCCUGUUCUCGAGCCGCUUGUUCGACAGGUAGUCGAUUUCAAGAGAGCCUUUGACUUCAAGGUACAAGUACAGGACAACUUGACCAAGCUAACCGAUAGCCCGCCGGAGGAUUUGCUGGACCUCAUCCGAGGCGGCAUCGAUCUGAACAGCGAUCUUGAGGCAGCCGUUGCAUUCCUCGGCUUCUCUGGCGCUUCAACGUGCUCCGGACAGCAGCAAAAAGUGUUCAACGGUCUGUUUUCACUGUCGUCUGAGUCAUCAGUUGCUAUCGCGCGAAGCCACUAUCGUUCGCUUCGUGUAUAUCUUCUAGAGCGAAUCAUCGAGUUGCGAAACAUUCUAAAGGAGAGCAGCGGCAAAGUCGCCACUAGCUUAGGUCCUAUGCCGAGCUGGUCGGAUGGCGUGUCAGUCGUUGAAGAUGUUCUCGAAGACAUCCGGACAGUAUUCGGGCUCGAAGGGAAGGAAGAGGCGCCGAUCGAGGGCCUUGCUUACCGAACUAUGACAAUGUUCUGGCCAAUGGUCAUGGUGCGAACUUCAUGUUUCGCAGGUCCUCAUAAUGGCAGAUGGGUAGCAGAAAAGAUGUUGGAGUUAACUACGGAAUCGGGGUUUGGCCUUGGUGUGGAAGCUGCGAGUGCUUGAAAGCAUCGCUUCACUAUCACUAUCACUAAGGCGUGGCACUGUUGAAACGGUGCUGGUGGCCAAACAGGACUAUCAGAUUGAUGUCAAUAGCUUCGAUGAGUGGCUUUCAGCUACACAAGCAUGUGGAACAUGAUCAGAGCGACUGGAACAUUCACAAGGCCAGGAAAUCGGGUACAAGAAAGUGCAUGUACACCUGGGUCACGGUCGGAAAAUGGGACGGAAAUACUCCCAUAGUGACGGGGAACUUACGAAUAUGAUACCAAUGACGUUUCAGGAUAAGGAGAAAGGAGUUCACAUAUCAGAGAACGAGUUGUGAACCUUGACGGUUGUGAAAACUAUGUCG